AUGCUCGGACAGAAGAGCUGGAAUCCCUUCAAGAAAGAGGAUCCCAAGCAGCUGGUGCGGACAUGGCAGUCCACCAUCCGCAAGGAGAUUCGUGGCAUCGACCGGCAAAUAUUGGACAUGCAGCGGGAACAGCGGGGUGCGGUGAAGCUCAUCAAGGAUGCUGCCAAGCGAGGGGAUGUCACCUCAGCCAAGAUCAUUGCCAAGGAGGUGGUGACCAUCCGACGGACUGUGGGAAAGCUGGCCGUUAACAAGGCCACCAUGAUCUCGCUUUCCACCCAGUUGUCUGAGCAACUCGCCAUGGCCAGCGUAGCUGGCACCCUGAGCAAGAGCUCCGAGGUCAUGAAGCUGGUGAACAGCCUGACCAAGAUCCCCCAGAUGCAGGCCACCAUGCGCGAAAUGUCCAAGGAGAUGUAUAAGGCUGGUGUGCUGGAGGAGCUGGUGGCGGACACCAUGGACUCCGCCAUGGACGAGGAGGGGCUGGAGGAGGAAAGCGCGGAGGCGGUGGACAAGGACGACCUGGCCUCGCGCCUGGCGGCCAUGCGCUCCUGA